AUGGCGGCCGACAGUGAGCCCGAGUCCGAGGUAUUUGAGAUCACGGACUUCACCACUGCCUCGGAAUGGGAAAGCAUAGACUCCCCCAACCCAGACGCCACUUCUGCGGGAAAAGUAAGACCCGUGGGUCCGGGUCUCCGCCUCCUCCCUGCUGUGGUCGGCCGCAAGCCUCUUCUGCGUCUCGCGUCUGACCAGCCCCGGCCCGCCCACAUCAGCCAAACCCCGGAGGAGUUUAGUUUUCUCCGCUCUCCGGCCACUCUCCUUAGACCUUUGGUUCUCUCGUUGCUGCCCGCCCGCAGAAACAGUUCCCAGGCUACCACUUCCGUUCCUGCGUUCUUUUCCGUGAACUGCAAACUCGUAUAUAUAACGAUUACCGACCCUUUCGAGUGGGACCCCAAUGAGGGCCCUCCUGCCCGGUGUCCUUGGAGCCAACAGAAAGAGACCGAGUUCGGUUCAGAAGCAAAGGAAAGCGUUGUUCUCGGAUCAAAGUACGGACAGGUGCAGGGCUGCUUUAUAGGGCCUCAUGGGGAGGGGCGGGGUUCUGAGGGGGCGGCCCGAGAGCUCAGUGUCGGGCGCAGCGUCUCUGCACACGGCUCGCCGCCGCCAUCUUGGGCUGAGUGCCGUGCGCGGCGCUUCUGCGCACGGCCCCGAACUGAGGUGCAAGUGCCGUUGUUUCCCACGGGGAGCUCCGGGUUGAAGGGCCGGGUGGGAUCCCGGUGUCCGCGGCCCGCUGUGAGCGAAAGAGACUGGACUCAGCACAGAGGAAAAGAAAGAAACUUUAAAAUUAUUGGCUCUAGUUUGGAAUUCCCUGGUGAUCCAGGUAUAUUUACUUCUGGCACAUGGGAAGAGAAAUCAGAUGAGAUUUCAUUUGCUGAUUUCAAGUUCUCAGUCACUCAUCAUUAUCUUGUACAAGAAUCCCCUGAUAAAGAAGGAAAGGAUGAAGUAUUAGAAGAUGUUAUUCCACAAUCUAUGCAAGAUUUGCUGUGUAUGAAUAAUGACUUUCCUCCCAGAGCACAUUGCCUGGUAAGAUGGUAUGGACUCCGAGAGUUUGUGGUGAUCGCCCCUGCCGCAAAUAAUGAUGCUGUUCUCAGUGAAUCUAAGUGCAAUCUUCUUCUGAGUUCUGUGUCUGUUGCUUUGGGAAACACUGGCUGUCAGGUGCCACUCUUCGUGCAGAUUCAUCAGAAAUGGCGAAGAACGUAUGUGGGAGAAUGUCAGGGUCCUGGUGUCCGAACUGAUUUUGAAAUGGUUCAUCUUCGAAAAGUGCCAAAUCAGUACACUCAUUUAUCAGGUCUGCUGGAUAUCUUCAAAUCAAAGAUUGGAUGUACUUUAACUCCGUUGCCUCCAGUUAGUAUUGCUAUACGGUUUACCUAUGUACUUCAGGAUUGGCAGCAGUAUUUUUGGCCUCAGCAGCCUCCAGAUAUAGAUGCCCUUGUAGGAGGAGAAGUGGGAGGCCUGGAAUUUGGCAAGUUACCAUUUGGUGCCUGUGAAGAUCCUAUUAGUGAACUCCACUUAGCAACUACAUGGCCUCACCUGACUGAAGGUAUCAUUGUGGAUAAUGAUGUUUAUUCUGAUUUGGAUCCUAUUCAGGCUCCCCAUUGGUCUGUUAGAGUUCGAAAAGCUGAUAAUCCUCAGUGUUUGCUAGGUGAUUUUGUCACUGAGUUUUUUAAAAUUUGCCGUCGAAAGGAGUCAACUGAUGAGAUUCUUGGACGAUCCACAUUUGAGGAAGAAGGAAGAGAAGUUGCUGAUAUAACUCAUGCUUUGUCAAAGUUGACAGAGCCUGCGCCGGUUCCAAUUCAUAAAUUAUCAGUUUCAAAUAUGGUACACACUGCAAAGAAGAAAAUACGAAAACAGAGAGGUGUAGAAGAAUCACCACUGAAUAAUGAUGUCCUCAAUACAAUUCUCUUGUUCUUAUUCCCUGAUGCUGCUUCUGAGAAACCGUUAGAUGGGACUUCUUCAAUAGACAACAGUAAUCCUCCAUUAGAGAGUGAAGAAUAUAAUCUCUACAAUCAGUUCAAAUCUGCACCAUCUGAUAGUUUAACAUACAAAUUGGCUUUGUGUCUUUGUAUGAUCAAUUUCUACCAUGGAGGACUGAAAGGAGUGGCACAUCUCUGGCAGGAGUUUGUUCUUGAAAUGCGUUUCAGAUGGGAGAACAGCUUUCUGAUUCCAGGAUUAGCAAGUGGACCCCCAGAUCUAAGAUGUUGUUUACUGCAUCAGAAACUACAGAUGUUAAAUUGUUGUAUUGAACGAAAGAAGGCACGUGAUGAGGGGAGAAAGACAAGUCCUUCAGAUAAUGUAACUAAUACAGGGGAUGCUGGAAAAUCUGGAGACCAGCUGGGGCCAGACAAUCUAAAAGAUAUGGAUAAGGAAAGGGGAGAGGUGGGAAAAUCAUGGGAUUCUUGGAGUGACAGCGAGGAAGAAUUUUUUGAAUGCCUAAGUGAUACUGAAGAACUUAAGGGAAAUGGACAAGAGAGUGGCAAGAAAGGAGGACCUAAGGAGAUGGCAAGUUUAAAGCCAGAAGGACGACUCCAUCAGCAUGGGAAACUUACACUGCUACAUAAUGGAGAACCUCUAUAUAUUCCAGUGACCCAGGAACCAGCACCUAUGACAGAAGAUCUGCUAGAAGAGCAGUCAGAGGUUCUAGCUAAAUUGGGUACAUCGGCAGAAGGGGCUCACCUCCGAGCACGCAUGCAGAGUGCCUGUCUGCUCUCAGAUAUGGAGUCUUUUAAGGCAGCUAAUCCAGGCUGUUUUCUGGAAGAUUUUGUGAGGUGGUACUCACCCCGGGAUUACAUUGAAGAGGAAGUGAUUGAUGAAAAGGGCAACAUGGUUCUGAAAGGAGAACUGAGCGCCCGAAUGAAGAUUCCAAGCAAUAUGUGGGUAGAAGCCUGGGAAACAGCUAAGCCAAUUCCCGCUAGAAGGCAAAGGAGACUCUUUGAUGAUACACGGGAAGCAGAAAAGGUGCUGCACUAUCUGGCAGUACAGAAACCUGCAGACCUUGCUAGGCACCUGUUACCUUGUGUAAUUCAUGCAGCCAUACUCAAGGUAAAGGAGGAAGAAAGUCUGGAAAACAUUUCUUCAGUUAAGAAGAUUAUAAAGCAAAUAAUAUCUCAUUCCAGUAAAGUUUUGCACUUCCCCAAUCCAGAAGACAAGAAAUUGGAAGAAAUCAUCCAUCAAAUUACUAAUGUAGAAGCUAUAAUUGCUAGAGCCCGCUCACUGAAAGCCAAGUUUGGAACUGAGAAAUGUGAACAAGAGGAGGAAAAGGAAGAUCUUGAAAGGUUUGUGAGUUGCCUUUUGGAGCAACCUGAGGUGUUAGUUGUCGGUGCAGGAAGAGGACACGCUGGCAGGAUCAUUCACAAGCUGUUUGUGAAUGCUCAGAGGCUGACUGAAUCUUCUGAUGAGGCUGCAGCCAUGGCUCCGCCGGAGGAGGAUCUGAAGAGGAUGGUCCCCCCAGAAGAGAAGAAGCAGAACCUGGCGGCAGACUUCCCACCCGCUGCGGGCCGGGAGCUCAUUUUGCGCACGACCGUGCCCCGCCCCGCUCCCUACUCCCGGGCUCUGCCUCAGCGCAUGUACAGUGUCCUUACCAAAGAGGAUUUCAGACUUGCAGGUGCCUUUUCAUCAGAUACCUCCUUCUUCUAA